CUUGCUGAUAAACAUUUAAUAAUUACUCUCCAUGCGGAGGAAAAUUCUUGUUUUAGAUGAUGACUUCAGCUGUAUCAUAUUUUACAGUUAUGCACGCUAUGCAUGUAUGAAUAUGAAAUAGUAAUGUAGGAAUCAAUUUAUUAAUUGUUUAUAGAAAGCAGCGUCGCUAGUGUCACCGCGGCGCUAGUAGCGUUACUUCUAGUUUAGCGGGACGAACGCGGGGCGCCGUGCGAUUAUAAUUUAAGAAAGAGAGUCCUGUGCACGUUGUAAAAGAAACGAGUUCCAAUAAAUAUAUUCGAUUAGUAAUCUGUUAUCUCGACCUGGUUGAUUUUAAAUCCUACAGGAACAAAGUAGCGAAAAAGAUGUUAUUCACAGCUAAGCAACGCUUAUGUGCGUAAAAAUAAUUGUCCUUACAAAGAUAAGUGAUGAAAGCUUUUAAAGAAAGAAACUGUCUAACUUAUAUGUACGUCAGAUGUAUGUCAGAAAUUGGCUCAUAUCCUCUAUUUUGGGCAUCACAUUUUUUAGUAGUAUAGAUUUUUAUAUUAUUUUAUGUUUCUGUUGUCUUUUAGAGAAUAUUAGUUGCUAACGUAAUAUGUGUCAUACUUUAUAAAAUAGUCAUUACUAAUAUGAUGUAAUUCUAUAUUGUAAAUAUUUAUGAUGUGCGAGAAAGUAUUAAUAUACUGUUUGAUUGUUGUGCUUAAUAUAACAAUCUUAACUAUAUAAUUGUAUAUACGAUACGCUCAAGAGACACGCUAGCGUCUCGCGCCAAGUUUACGCGUGAAGUGACGCUCGAGCGACGAGAUUGCUCCGUGCACGAUUCUAUAUUAUUAUUAUUAUAUAUAUGAUCCGUACAAAACAUGCCUUUUCUUUUUGAAAAGAUACAAGAAAGACGCCAAGUACACGCACUACUUGGUUUCAUGGAAAAAGUAUCAUAUCGUACCACCAACAGGACUGAUAUCAAGUCAUCGUUAGAUUCUUACAUUAUUUCUAUCGUAGUUUUGGAAAAAAAACUUUUAAAUGGAAAAACAACUUGGGACUGCUGAGUAAACGGUUUAUUGAACACCAGCUUUUCCUUCGACGUCUCAAUGUAAUCUGAUCUGUUCGCCGAAGGCGAUAGUCAACUGCGCUUGCGCUUCCAUAAAUUUAAAUAUGAAUGAUGUCUAUGUAUUUUUCUUACAUUCUUCUAUUAUACAAGUCACUUAUUUCGCGAUAAGGGUUUAAUAUAACGUAUAACAAUACUCCUAUAUUUCAUGUAUCUAUAGUCUCAUCAAUUUUUCAUCGCGUAAUAAGAGAAAAGUGUUAAAUGAUGAAAAUUAUUAAAUUACGUUCAUACUUUAUUCAUCCAUAUUAUCUUAACAGCGUAUAGAUAUAGAACAAUUUUAUAAAACUGAAGACAUUCAGUGCACUUGUCGAAAGAUCAGUCGUUUCAUUACCACAGCUGCUCCAUUCGCGGCGCGACAUGGUAUUUGUAGGCAAACGCUGUGUAAAGCUCCAUCGAACUAUGCUUAUGAUUGUGGGAUUAUGGCCGUAUCAGAAACCAGUCAUCUGGCGAUUACAAUCAGUUUUCUUCUUGAGCAUAUACUGUUGCGAUUUACUUUUUCAGUUUGCGUCGUUCUUAACGACUACUUGUAACAUGGAUUGUAUCCUAAAGAGAUUUUCUUAUCUUUGUAUUACUUUUGUUUUUAUUACGAAUUACUACUCAUUCUACUUUAAUUCUGAAGCUGUAAAGCAAAUAUUUGAACAUAUGCAGCUCGACUGGAAAAUGUUUGAAAAUAGUGACGCAAUGAAAAUAUUUGAAGAAUAUCUCUUUGAAUCUUAUAUUUUCACAUUAUUUACGUGUAUUCUUCUUUUAAUAGCUGCAUCUUUUACUACGACUAUUGAAUGUAGAUCUAUCAUUCUUGAUAUUAUUAUACCGAUGAAUGAAUCGCGACAACGUAAAAUUGAAGUGGAUUUUGAACUUUUUGUGAAUGAAGAACAAUAUUUUUUUUGGUAUUUAGUGCAGGAGGUUGUAGGAGUGGGAAUCGGAUUUUGGUCGGUGCUUACGACUGGAACGUUACUAACUACAGUAACGAAACACUCAUGUGCCACAUAUAAAAUUUUAUUUAAUCCAAAAUACAGUAACUAUCCAUACGCUACAACUUCCUGUUGUUCAAAGAAUACAAUACAUGCGUCGGAAUAUCUGUCUUUCAGUUUACAUUCAUAGAAGAACAUUGGAGUUAGUUUCGAAAUAUUUUAAUAUGUUUUCUAUUGAUUAUAUUAAUCGUUAAUAUCCACCUUGGCGUGAAUAAGUACAUCCAAAUAUUUAUAGUAAUGUAUUUGAGAGGAAUUAACAUUACUAAUUAGAAAUUUUUUGACAUUGAAGGUUCUGCAAAAGCUUGUUACUUUCGUUUGAUAUGUGGUAUUUCCCAUUACUUUUAGUUGGCGUCUGGUCUUUAAGUUGCAUUCUAUUUCGCGUUAGUACUACUUAUAUUAUUCAUAUAAUAUAUUUCACCACUUAUUUCAUGUUUGUAUUAACUUGCUUCGGAAUAGAAUUACGCACAAUCUUCAAAAUGGUUAUAGAAUAAGAACAUCAUUUGCAGAAGAUUACUUUUAUUAAACAUACUUAAUGUAAGCAAGCUCAAACACAAAAAAUUCCGUGUUAUACUGUUAAUUCUUCUAAAUCGUGUCAAUUAGUGUUACUGAUAUUCACUUGUUCAUUUUGCUUAAAUACUACCUAAUGGAUAAAGUAAUCAUUUCUGAAAAGUAAAAAUCCUCAUUGGUCGGCGGCACUGGCACUGUAUUUUUUAUUUCUUAAGGCUUUUGUAUGUAUACGUGACGUUUCUGAUAUUAUAUAUCAGUAGUUACCAGUAGUUAACAAAUAAUAUGUGUUUAUGUAAUAUUUAAUUACAUUCACUAUACCUUUUUU